GGCGGUUGCCUGGAGUGCGCGAGUCGAGGUCUGGAGCUUGCUUGGUAAGGUGCGCGACGCUCUCGUUACAUUUCCUUAUUUACGCACAGAACUUUCAAAUUAUAGCGUUGCAAGUUAUUUCAUAAGGAACCCGUUUGUUGUCUUAGUACGACAGCAAUCAUGGCGUCUGAAAAAGGAGAUUUACCUCAAGACAAUGAAUCUCUGCCACCGAACUAUGCUUCUUCCGAGGUUUACUCUGAUUCUCCCCCGCCAGCCUAUCGCAAGACGAGCACCGUAAGGCUUCAGAUGACCCGCGUGGUGUGCAUCACGGUGCUGGCUGCUGGCUUCCUCACUGGCAUGUUCAUCCUCGCGCACUCCUGGAUCAACACGCGCAACGCUUGCGACUGCGACUGUCGUGUGGCUCAAAACCUUCCCCUUCAAAGUGCAAGCAUCAUGGAGUCUUCAGAUAUCCCAAAAAUUGCGAACCUAGAUUCAACGCCAGCUAUUGAGAUCAUCGAGAGCAAUGCCAUGGGUCCAGACGACAAGGAUGAUAAGGACGAGGACGGUCAAAGCAACGACUAUUCUCAGAUUGAUCAGGAAUCUCGCCAGAUGGAUAUCCCUCUUCCCGACGACGAUGUGUCCACUGAACAAACUGAAAGUUCUAAUGACGAUAUCAGCGAAGUAGAGGAAAAUGGAAUCCAGACUGCAGUGAACGACAACAAAGUUAAACUUCCCAUUGAUCUUCUUUUGGGCAACCCUGCUCUGGCCGGCAGAGACGUGCAGUGCAAGGUAGAGAAGAAAAUCCAGAACCUAGGAGGAGGAAUUCUUUCAAAAACUAUCAUGGUGACAUGCGACGAUGACGAUGAAGAUGAUGAUGAUGACAGCGAAGGCAGACAAUUGAUUAAUCCAUUCGGGGCAGAUAUUGGAUCCCCAAGUCCAGUUGCGCCUCCCAUGUCCAUUCUUGCACCCAUUCUCAAAAUGAUGGCUGCUCGAGCAGGGGCUCGUCUCCAGAGACAAAUGCAACCCCAGCCAGUUUUUCACCGUCUCCCUCAACCUUUUUUCCAGCCCAUUGGGGUUUCAGUAAGUGGUAUGGGUCCCCGAAAUUUCCAAGGUCCUUUCUCCAACUCAAUUGAAUCAUCAGGACCCAUGCCUGUUCCUAUGAUGGACUCCAUUGCUGUCAGAGGAUCAAUCAACGAAGGCCCUGCCAACGAUUUCUCACAGAAUAGGCAAAUGCCGGAAAAUUCUAUUAUGGGACCAAUGUCAUUUUUCAACAAUGAACCCAUGCAGCAACAUUAUCACCACCAUUUCGAGUCUGAGCCUCGUGCCCCCUCCUUCCCAAAUGCAGAAAACAUGCGAUUUGAACCUCAGGGUGUACGUAAUCCAGUAUUUGGAGGACAAUUUAACAGAGAACAGGAAGAAGAUGAGCGUCCUUACAGCCCUGAACCAAUUUUCAGGCCGUUUCCUCCCCAGCAAAUUGCUCAGGAAGAAUCGACUGAAGUAGAAAAUACCCCGCCCACUAGGGUAAUCCAAGGGUUCCCUCCCCAAAUUCCGGAGGCUAUUAAACAAAUUGUUUCGCACAUUAUGAGAUCUUCUAAUAAGGAAAAUUCCGAUAAAGUACCAGUAAUAGCGAUCAAAGCUAUUCCUCGGCCUUUGGAAGAAGAGUCAGAACCCAAGUCAAAACUUCUCCUUCCGUUUCCAUUCCGUGCUGUGAAAAUGGCCACCCGUAGCGGUCGCACGCUUGACGACGAAGAAGGGCGUUUGGAAGGCCCUUUCCCCCUCCCUCGAGGCGCUAUUCCAUCCGGGCUCCAGCCCAUUGUUAUGCCUGAGGCAGCUGGACGAGCUCUGGACAGUCCUGUGUCUUUACCAUCCCUGCAGGAACUCCCAGCUAUGAGGUUCUUCCCAGGACGUCUGCUGCGUCUGCCUGUUCCUCUUCCAAAUGGCCCAGUGGUCACACACAUGGAAAUGAAACAGAAUCCUAAUGAAGUCACUACCAACGACGAAAAGCAGGAUUCUACCACUGAAGUGCAGAAGGACGACAACGAGGGGAACUUUAAUAACGUUGGACCCGAUUUUGGACCUCCCCGUCUUCACACGGUCAUCAGGGGGCCUGCCUCAAAGGAAGAUGAUGCUACCUACCAGAAGGCUGAAAAUCUGAUGCCCACUUUCCUGCAAAGGUUCCCCGUUCCCCCACCUCCCAGGUUCGCCGCUGAAGGCCGAUCUGGAACUGUCAGGGAAAUCAACCUGGACGCUGAGCUAGUCAGACCUGCAGAGAGCAGAGAACGCCACACAAUCAUGGUCAACUGAGAAGUUGAAACGCGCUAAAUUACAUCAGUGACAUUUUCUUUGCGAUUUAUUUGAGUCUAUUAAAAGUUUAUCAUAUAUAUUUACAAAUAAAAUAAUCGCUGGGUUUUUUAAUAGAAAACUCACCAAACAACGCCCAUGUGACACUAACAUUUUAUAUUUACUCGAAUUUUGCGAACAUUUUCUCGUGGAUUAUUUUCUUCACAACCAUUGACGCUGCUUCCACAACUAUUCGAAGUAUUAUUAUUCAAACCUUGUUGACUCUAAACUCAUAUAAAUAAACUACAACUUUCCUCGCACCACCUGAUGCAAGAGUCAGUGAUGAUAACUUCUGAUACAUACAAGUGGAGAUGCAGGAGUCUAGAGUACAUUUUAAUACUAUACGUCUUGUCGAUAUGCUUACUAUCAUUUAAGUAGUGUACUCGCUAUUCAUUGAGGUUUCUUCUGUAUGGAAAACAUCUCUCCUCGAUUGUGAUAUAAUUGGAUUUAUUUGUGACAGUAUAUAACAUCUGUACAAUAAAACAUGAACACUU